GAGCAAAAAGCAUCAUUCACCCCUCGUUGCUCCUGAGGUUUCAGGGGAGACACAGAGCAAGGGACAGAGUGACAGAGCAAGGAGUGCUUAUUGGAAAAAGGAGAUCUCGAGAAGACCAUGAUGAGAGUUUAUGUAGCUCUGGUUGCAUUCUUUUCCUCCAUCUCUUCCUCCCAUCCUGCUCAUUACACAAGCUCGGGAGGAACGUGUCUAAAUGAUUGUGGGUAUCAUGGUUAUACGUACACCUGGUGCAAGCUAAACGAUGACAAAUGGGAUUAUUGUUCCUUAAAAGAAGGCCUGGAUGCUUCUGGUAAGAAAUGUGAUACACCUUGUAAUCUCUGGGGAGGCUCCUAUCGCUACUGUCACUUCAAAACUGGAGGAUGGAAUUACUGCAGCUUGCUACAGCAGUCGAGUUCCUUUGAAUCUUCACUGGAAAACCUGUGUGUGAAAAGUUGCCGAGUAUCUGGAGCACAGUUCCAGUGUGAGACUGCCCAUGGUCUUGAACGCUGCUCUCCAUUCCAAGAUGUGACUCCCACAGGCUUGCCCUGCCACAGUAACUAUCAAUGUGCCAAAUAUGGUUGGUCAGCCUAUCGCUGUCAUACAGGCAAGAGAGAAGAUGAAUGGGAUGUCUGUAGACCUCAGGGCAAGGAUGGGUGCAUAUGGGUUGUUUCUGACACAAAUUCUGCUCGGACAGAGAUUUGUACACUUGUUCAUUCCCAAAACAAAUGUAAGCUCAUUUUCCGCAGAGAAAGACAAACUGAAACAUUCCCCCCUACAAAAGAGCAAUUCAAAGAUGCUGUUCAUUUUAUUGAUCAGAUCACUUCCAUCACAAAUCUCCCUGAUUCUGGCACUCUGUCAGAAGUGCAUUUCUACAAGGAACAAAGUAUCUUGUGUAAUGGCGUCAAUUAUACCAAUGUGGAACUGUGGCCUGACAACUCCAUGAAUAAGCCUAUUGCACAUGUUAUCUUUCCAGAGAUCCUGAGUGAGGUUGAGGUGUUGCGUUUAGCAUUUUACACCAGCCUCCAUAGUACCUUUUAUUCACCUGCCUAUACCAUUGUUGUAUCACUCGAUGAACCAAUGUUAUGUUCCAUUGACCACCAGUAACUUAUCCAUCCAACUUGUUUCUCCUGAUACAGUAUUGCUUUCCAUGACAUCUGCUUUGGGUCACCCUGAUACUUACUGCUUCUUAUUAUAUUAUAAGCAAUUCUAAAUCUUUCAGUGGUUUGGGUGAAAUCUAACCCAAUUGUCUUUCAACAACAAUCACAUUUUUAUAGAAUUAAUGCUAAUAAAUAUAAUUGAAGAGGGCAUUGUAUCUAUUAGAUUUUGCUGCAUUGUAUAUUCUUUGUAAUCUCCCAUAAUUAUAUGAGAUACUCUAUGAAAUUAAUAAAAUACACUCUUGGAAUAUUA